AGCUGCAGAAGAUAAACUACAGUCGGUGCUGUAGACACGGACGGUCUAGUCUGAAGGUGAGAAUAGUGACGCGCACUGUCAUAGACUGUCAGUUUGGCAUCGCUACGCGCUUACCCGACGCACAGGCCAUCUUUACUAGAUAAAGCUAUUAAGUACACUUUUUCAGGAUGCCGAAGCCUCUGACAGACCAGGAAAAGAGGAAGCAAAUUUCCGUGCGAGGGUUGGCCGGAGUUGAAAAUGUUGCAGACCUCAAGAUCAAUUUCAACCGACAUCUCCACUUCACGCUGGUGAAAGACCGCAAUGUGGCGACCAGACGCGACUACUAUUUCGCACUUGCCCACACGGUUCGCGACCACCUCGUCGGAAGAUGGAUCCGCACGCAACAGCAUUACUAUGAGAAAGAUCCAAAACGGGUCUACUACCUCUCUCUGGAGUUCUACAUGGGCCGGACGCUGCAGAACACCAUGGUGAACCUGGCACUGGAGAACGCCUGUGACGAGGCCAUCUACCAGCUUGGUCUGGACAUGGAGGAGCUUCAGGAAAUGGAGGAAGAUGCCGGGCUGGGAAAUGGUGGCCUUGGCCGUCUUGCAGCAUGUUUCCUGGACUCCAUGGCGACUCUGGGUCUGGCUGCCUAUGGCUACGGCAUCCGCUACGAGUUUGGUAUCUUCAACCAGAAGAUUUCAGAGGGCUGGCAGAUUGAAGAGGCUGACGAUUGGCUGCGCUAUGGCAACCCUUGGGAGAAGGCCCGCCCUGAGUACAUGCGCCCGGUGCACUUCUACGGCAGGACAGAGCACCACCCUGACGGAGUGAAAUGGGUGGACACACAGGUUGUCCUGGCGCUGCCUUAUGACACGCCCGUCCCAGGCUACAGGAACAACAUCGUCAACACCAUGAGACUGUGGUCCGCCAAAGCCCCCUGUGAAUUCAACCUCAAGGACUUUAACGUGGGCGGCUACAUCCAGGCUGUGCUGGACAGGAACCUGGCUGAGAACAUCUCCCGUGUCCUCUACCCCAACGACAACUUCUUUGAGGGCAAGGAGUUGCGUCUGAAGCAGGAGUACUUUGUGGUCGCUGCUACUCUUCAGGACAUCAUCCGUCGCUUCAAAGCCUCCAAAUUCGGCUCCACAGAGAUUGUGCGCGUAGACCUGACCACACUCCCUGAUAAGGUGGCCAUCCAGCUCAAUGACACACACCCCGCCAUGGCCAUCCCAGAGCUCAUGAGGAUCCUCCUGGAUGAUGAGAAAAUCGACUGGGACAAGGCCUGGGAUAUCUGUGUGCGUACAUGUGCCUACACUAACCACACAGUCCUCCCCGAGGCCCUGGAGCGCUGGCCCAUCGACCUGUUCCAGAACCUCCUGCCCCGCCACCUGGAGAUCGUCUACGAGAUCAACCGCCGCCACCUGGAGCGCAUUGCCUCUCUCUUCCCUGGAGAUGCCGACCGCCUGCGUCGCAUGUCCCUGAUUGAGGAGGGCGACCAGAAGAAGAUCAACAUGGCUCACCUCUGCAUCGUGGGCUCCCACGCCGUCAACGGAGUCGCCCGCAUCCACUCCGAGAUCAUCAAAGCUUCUGUUUUUAAGGAUUUCUAUGAGGCUGAUCCCGAUAAGUUCCAGAACAAGACGAACGGUAUCACUCCUCGCCGCUGGCUGGUCAUGUGCAACCCUGGACUCGCUGAGGUCAUCGCAGAGAGAAUUGGAGAGGACUUCAUUCGUGAUCUAGACCAGCUUAAGAAGCUGCGGAAGUUUGUGGAUGAUGACGCUUUCCUCCGUGAUGUCAACAAAAUUAAGCAGGAGAAUAAGAUGAAGUUCGCUGUCCACCUUGAGGAGCACUACAAGGUGAAGAUCAACCCCAACUCCAUGUUUGAUCUGCACGUGAAGAGGAUCCACGAGUACAAGAGGCAGCUGCUCAACUGCCUGCACAUCAUCACCCUCUACAACCGCAUUAAGAAGGAGCCCAACAAGGUCUGGACCCCAAGGACAGUCAUGAUUGGAGGAAAGGCUGCUCCAGGUUAUCACACCGCCAAGAAAAUCAUUCGCCUCAUCACCGCCAUUGGUGAGGUGGUCAACCACGACCCUGUGAUUGGCGAUCGCCUCAAGGUCAUUUUCCUGGAGAACUACCGCGUCACUUUGGCUGAGAAAGCCAUCCCUGCUGCGGACCUGUCCGAGCAGAUCUCCACCGCGGGCACGGAGGCGUCGGGCACAGGCAACAUGAAGUUCAUGCUGAACGGCGCCCUCACCAUCGGCACCAUGGACGGAGCCAACGUGGAGAUGGCAGAGGAGGCGGGCGAGGAGAACCUCUUCAUCUUUGGCAUGAGGGUGGAGGAUGUGGAGGCCAUGGAUAAGAAGGGAUAUAAUGCAAGCGAGUACUACAACCGCCUCCCCGAGCUGAAACAGGCUAUGGAUCAGAUAGCUGGGGGCCACUUCUGCCCCAGUGAACCCGAACUCUUCAGUGACCUGGUCGACAUGCUCAUGAACUAUGACAGGUUUAAGGUCUUUGCUGACUUUGAAGAUUACAUCAAAUGCCAGGACAAAGUUAGUGCUUUGUAUAAGAACACUAAAGAGUGGACAAAGAAAGUGGUGCUCAACAUCGCCGGCUGCGGCAAGUUCUCCAGUGACCGCACCAUCGCCCAAUACGCUCGUGAGAUCUGGGGAGUGGAGCCUACCAUGGAGAAGAUCCCUGCCCCCGAUGACUAAAGUCCUGCUCCCCCCCCACUUAACUCACCUCACCCCACCCAAAUGAACCUACUCCCACUCAUAAAAGGGCAUAGCGUUAGCUUUAGCAUUAUAACCUGUGCCUGAAAAAGCUUCCCACUCAUAGUUAUUGUCCUCUCCAUGACAACGCAUUUAUCUAUGUAUUACAGUUUCUUUGGCGUAGUUGAUGAUGAGUGAAUGUAGCAAAAACUGUUUUCCAGUAGUUGGUUUACAAGCAUAGCAAACUUCACUCGUAACACAUUUUCACAAUCUUUUAACCCAAAACUCUAGUAGGAGUAGGUGUGAUUAUUCAACGUCAAUACUGUUCAGCGCAUUAGAUGUGGGCCAGUGUGUGAGUGUGUGCGUCCACUAGUGCAAACCUGUUUGACCCGUUCUCCUUCGAUGACCAGUUUAGAUAACCUUGUCCGAUCACCAGCAACUUUCCUCUGUAAUUUAGCACUGGUCAGAUUCUUGACCAAAGUUCACCGGGAUAACUCGAUCACAAUUAAGAUGGGAUCAAGCAUGACUGUCUUCCUUAUCAGACCACUGUGAGUCACACAGUAGCCUUUUAACAGUAGUUGGCAUGACAUACGUAUACACUGUGAUGUUACCUAAAGACAAGCAGACACUAUGUAUAACGAGAGAGAGAGUUACGGAAGGUUGACUUCUGCUUUAUCAUCCGUUACAUUAUAUCUCAAGCUAAUUUUUCUGGUUGUGAUUCAAGUUUAGCUCAUACACUUCAAACCCAGUCGAACUCCUGAAACCUUUCUCGUGACAUCACGUAGGUGUGGUUUUGAUGGCUGUAGAGUGUUUACCAUAUUGUUUGUUUGUUUGUUUGCUUGUGCCGUGUUGGUGACAGGGGCUGCAGCAUUCAGUCCCCUCGGUAUACAAAAUUACUCAUCCUCCUGCCUCUGUCGAUGGUGCCUCUGUUGUUGGCUAGUCUGUUACUUCUCACUGAUGACGUCGGCUGUUGUAUCGCUGUUCCUGAAGUAGUCGUCUGCUUUGUGGCAACUCUCGUUCUCUCACAGCAAAGUCCUCUGACACUGCCUUCUCCUACACCCUCUCUGCCUCACCACCUCUCUCAAGACUACUGCCUUAACUGAGUUCAAUGUGUGUGUGUGUGUGUGUGUGUGUGUGUGUGUGUGUGUGUGUGUGUGUGUGUGUGUGUGUGUGUGCGAUCACUCCAGCCCAUAAGUUCCCUUUGCUCCCAGUGUAUGCCUGCAGGGAGAAAAACUAAGCUUUGCUUGAUGUAACAAAAUGAAUCAAAAAGCAUGAUUGUGCCACAGAACUACUGGUUGCUUGUUUUGUGUCUGUAAGAUUAAAGCAAAACUUGAUGAAAAAUCUGAAUUCGAUUUAGUGGACAUGAACGUAUUGGCCUGCACAUGGAAGGGUCAGGCUAAAUAGAAUGACUUAUGAUUGUACCAGGGUUUGGGAUUGCACUUAAGGGCCUUUGAGUGACUUAAGUAAUUUUAAGUAACCGUAGGUACAAUGCACUUUCUGUCGGUAAAGGUUGUGUGAGAAGUACAGUAAUUAAUAACUAAUUAACAAAUUAAUCAAUCAACUAGGCAUUAGGUAUUUCGUACCCAAGACUACUUAAAAUAAAGUGUAUCUUGGUUUUGCCCUGUUUUCCUUCCAAUGUCAGAAUGUCAUUGUCCCCACUGUUACUGCUGAAGCCAGUCUUAGCAUAUAGCACAUUAUCCUACUGAUACCCUUAAGAUGAGCAACAAAAACAAAUAAAAGAGAUGAAGUCUACUGAAA